ACCUUCACUUGAAUCGCCCUGCUAUGGCCUGGUCCUGGCAUCAGCAGAAAACAAGAGACUUUGAUGUUCAGAUAUCAUCGCCUAGAUUCAGUCGUGUCGAAGUCAAAGUCUGCCAAAUGCGCUGAACGGUGUUGGCCACUCUGGUUCACAAGCCAGAUGUAAUCAUCUUCCACGCAAGCUACUGGUCACAUACUUCAAGCACUGCCUCAGACUAUUGUCUACUAGCAGGUACUUCAGAGGCGAGUCAUCAAGGCGAAUGUGCGAAACACCCUGUGAUUUGUUGCUGGCAAGCUAGACUGAUGGGCCUCAUGCUCGCCAAUCUGCACAAGGAUGGAAGGCAAUUUGCAGCUCGUGCUCAAAAUGUUACGAUCGGUGAGUACGGUAUGGUCCUUCGGCAUGCUCCUGACGUGUGCAUCUACACCGGAUUAUACAUAUGUGCCUGACACCAUGGCCAGUCAGUCGGCGCUCUCAAGUCGAGUCUGUGCCGGCCAAUUCGAAUUCUUUCUCCGCGUUUUCGCCACAAGCCGGCAAGUGAUCGAGGCACAAAUACAAGACAUCUGCUCAACAGCUACUAGCUACAGAUCUGCUCAAAAGAUAGCCAACACAACUGCAGGCAUCGCCAUGAACGCGCUCAGCAAUGUUCACGAUGUGGUCGAGGCGGCCUGGUCAAGCAUCGUUUUCCACCUACCGCCAGGUCUCAUUGAAUUCUCCACAACUCUGACCUGCCAAAUCCUCUUCUUCUAUGGGCCAGCCACAGCCUACCUCCUCAUUGACAUUCUCUUCCCGGCCUGGUCCACAAAACACAAGAUUCAAUCAGAAAAACGACAGCCGACCAAGGAGGAGGUGAGUCAUUGCAUUGCGCAUGUUGUCAAGGCAAACAUCACCUCAACCCUCUUCCACUUGGCCAUCCUGAGACUGCAAGGUGGAGCCAGCUUUUCUCAGUCUUCUUUCACAAUCACACCACGUCUUCCUACGUUGGUACAAUUUCUCAAGGAGAUGAUCAUCGGCUUCCUUGGUAGAGAAGUCGGCUUCUACUAUGCACACAGGCUCUUCCACACCAAGUAUCUCUACAGCCGCUUCCACAAGCAGCAUCACUUCUUCAAAGCGCCUCUAGCAUUCGCAGCGCAGUAUGCGAAUCCAGUGGAACACCUCAUCGCCAAUGUCUUACCAAUUUUACUACCUUUUGUCAUCAUGAAGGCGCAUAUCCUCAGCUACGCAACAUUCUUGGCACUGCAACUGUAUGAGACUGCUACAGUACAUUCUGGGUAUGACUUUGGCUUGCCGAGUGCGCUGCAUCAUGACUUGCAUCAUGAAAAGUUUAACGUCAAUUUCGGAGGGACACCGUUUGGCAGGUAUGGAUUGGAUUGGGUGCAUGGUACGAAUGAGCUUGGUUGGGAAAAGGCAAAGCAGGCCAAAGCCACUGCAAAGAAGCAGAUGUGAAGGUAGAUCACUGCACUUUCUCUUUAGAAAGCAUCUCUGUAGCACUUGAACUGAUAUUUGGCACAAGACCUAGGUCGAGCAGCCCUAUGAUCCAGCAUCACUCGGUAGGUAUAUCAGGCCUUGUAGAAUACUGUUCCUCC